AUGGUUGAAGGAGGGAUUGUAAGUGGAAAUGAAGCUGAUUUUACAGAAUGCUGGAAGGUAACAUGGAGGACUCCUUAUAUUAUGAGGCUUGCACUUUCAGCCAGCCUUGGAGGUCUCCUGUUUGGAUACGACACAGGGGUUAUUUCUGGUGCUUUGCUUUACAUUAAAGAAGACUUUGAUGAUGUUGACAAGAGCACAAUCCUUCAGGAAAUCAUUGUGAGUAUGUGUGUUGGAGGAGCUAUUAUUGGUGCUGCCUUUGGUGGAUAUUUUAAUGACAGGUUUGGCAGGAAAAAAACAAUUUUGGGUUCUGAUUCUGUGUUCAUCAUUGGUGCAAUUAUCAUGGCUGUGGCUCCAGCUCCUUGGGUUAUUAUUGUUGGGAGAGUUCUUGUUGGUUUGGGAGUUGGAAUGGCAUCUGUGUCUGCACCUCUUUACAUAUCAGAAUCCUCGCCUGCGAAAAUUCGAGGUGCUCUUGUUAGUGUAAAUGGUUUCCUACUCACAGGCGGGCAAUUUUUGUCCUACCUUGUCAAUCUCGCCUUCACCAAGGUACAUGGAACUUGGCGUUGGAUGCUCGGAGUAGCUGGGGUUCCAGCUCUACUUCAGCUUCUGUUAAUGCUUUGGCUUCCCGAGUCGCCCAGAUGGCUCUACAGAGAGAACAUGGUUGACGAAGCCAGGGCUAUUCUAGAAAAAAUAUAUCCUGCUGAAGAAGUUGAACAGGAGCUACAUUGUUUGAAGGAAUCAAUUGAAUUUGAAAAGGAAAUGGAUGCAUCUACUGGGAAAGACAUGAUAUCUAAAGUAAAGAGUGCUUUUAGUGACACCGUAGUUCGCAGGGGACUCUACGCUGGCGUUACAGUUCAAGUUGCUCAGCAAUUUGUAGGCAUCAAUACUGUUAUGUAUUAUGCUCCAACUAUAGUUCAGUUCGCAGGCUUCGCUUCGAAAUCGGUAGCCUUAGCCCUUUCUCUGGUUACUACAGGCCUUAAUGCUUUUGGUUCAAUCAUGAGCAUGCUUUUUGUGGAUAGAUAUGGGAGGAGAAGGUUGAUGAUCAUCUCCAUGCUUGGCAUUAUUACCUUCCUUGUUGCUUUAGCUGUUGUCUUUCAGCAAGCUUCAACCCAUGCUCCGGCAACUAGUCUAGUAGACUCCGAAAGCUUCAGUGGGAACUCUACGUGUCCCAGUUACUUGUCAAGCUUUAAGACAACAACCAAAUGGAGCUGCAUGAAUUGCUUGAAGGCAAAAUGUGCUUUCUGUGCUGAUGCAGCAAACCAACUCCAUCCCGGAGCUUGCCUGGCUUCAAGCAAGGAUAUACAAAGAGAAUGCCAAGCACAACAUCGUGUGUGGUUCAAGGAAGGUUGUCCAAGCAAAAUUGGAUUUCUUGCAGUUAUAAUUCUUGGGUUAUAUAUACUUUCGUAUUCACCAGGAAUGGGAACAGCACCAUGGAUUGUGAAUUCAGAGAUAUAUCCAUUGAGAUACAGAGGCAUUGGAGGUGGCAUAGCUGCAGUUGCUAAUUGGGUUUCAAAUCUUAUUGUGAGUUUGACAUUUUUAUCAAUGACUGAAACUUUCUCAGUCGCCGGAGCAUUCCUGUUUUUUGCCGGAGUUUCCGUCCUUGGACUCAUAGCUAUAUACUGCUUAGUACCUGAAACCAAAGGCCUGCAAUUUGAGGAGGUUGAGAAGAUGCUAAAGGUCGGCUUCAGGCCAUCAAUCUUCAAGGGAAAAUCAAAGGUCGAAGAAUCUGCUAAAGCCUGAAAUCACUUAUUGAUUCAGAUGCUUCUCUUGUUCUAAUGUGCAUAUUACGUUUGGACUGCAUUGCUGUGGUGUCUUU